UCACACCAUCUAUCCUCACACCUAUAGGGGACCACAAAUAUGCUCCCAUUGACAAAGCCAUCAAAAGUGCUCGUUCCUUUCUGUACCGGCAAAGUGGACAGUGACAAGUGGGUCAUUGCCAGUGUCCCCGAUUCUGCCGGCUGUGCGCCGAUCGUCCUUGUGCUAUUCCCCGGCCGGCUCUGCAGAUCGCACGCACCUCUGACGGUAACCCGGUGUACCGUCCGUCACACUGCGCGGCUGCAGCCGCCGCACUGAGGACUGGCCGGCCGCCAGCGGACCCCGGCCGGCCGGCCGCGCUGCGCCACCGCGCCGACCGUCCAAGGCCGCGGCGCUGCAGCACGAUCCGCGAGCCAUAAUCACACGGCCUGGAGCGCCGGGUACAGCCGGGCGUCCUACCGCCGAGCCACUGACAGUCCGCAGACGGAGCGCGGCGGUCACAAGCGCUGCCGACGUCUGCUUGAAACGUGCAGCGGCUCGGUGUGUGUAGGCUCAGUCUCCCUGAAUCCGAGCUAGUGAGAGGUGUUCUGCUCUUGGUAGUUGGUGGUGCCCGACUCAGGAACUCAUGAUGGUGCUCAAGAGCUGCCGGUGCUGCUGCGGCACCAUGAGACUCGAGAAGGCGGCCAAAAUCAUCGGUAUCGUCUUCACGGUCCUGGGCGUCCUGUCGAUGGUGUCGUCCGCCAUCGAGCUGCACAAGCUGGACGUCGGCAGCGAGCAGCUGCUGACCCAGCUGGGGGAGCUGUACCCGCACCGGGACGCCGAGCGGCUGCUGUACCACUCGCGCGCGCUGCUCGUCGCGCGGCUGUGCACCACGGUACUGUUCACGGCCAUCAGCGCUGCGCUGGUGGUCGGCGUGUUCCGCUCCAGCCGGCCGCUCGUGCUCGCCUUCGUGGUCCUGUUCGGCCUCUACAUGCUCGUUAGCACGGUGGCCAUCUUCUACGCGUUCUACGACCCGUCCGUGGUGAUCGACGUGAACACCAUCGCCGAGCUGUCGGAGAACGAUCGGACAAUGGCCAAGGCGAUUAUCUACACCAGCCUGGCCGUCAUACUGGGCGUCUACGGCUUCUUCUGGUAUCUGCUCCUCGUGGUGUACUCGUAUUACAAGGAGCUAGCCAAGCGUGGGCCCACUGUCGAGCACCGCCAGCUGUUCUAGCCGCUUUGCAGGAGCUGAUUGCGAAUGGCACUGCUGUCUUGCCCCGUCCCCUUCUCAAGAGCCCCUGCAGUCCCACGGCACUGGCGUAGUGUGGCGAAGCUUGUGCGACGAUCUGACUCUAACGGCUGUGUGGUGUGUGUGACAAACAGGCGCGAAUGUCGUAAUAGACGCGGCGUGCUUGCCUAAGGCGGAUCGCCUACUCUUCAGACGUACGGGUUGGUAGCUAUCAGGGCGAGGUUGAUAGAGUGAGGGGUGCCCCGGUUGGCUCUGCUGGUAAAUCUCUCCUCAGUGUGUUGGGGCGGGGGGGGGGAGAGUGAUGUACAAAAGGACCGCAUUAUAUCGUGUAUGUUUGUAGUUUGCUAAUAAAACUAUCAAAUAGA